AUGGUUCUCUACUAUGUCCAUCGAUACAUGCGUCUCACACCAGCAUUUCUUCUCGUAGUUCUUGUCAGCAUCAAUUUAACACCUUAUUUUGGAAACGGACCAUUAUUUCCAAGUGAACAAGGCUUUGAAACACCGCUAUGUCGUAGCCGCUAUUGGUGGACAUCAAUUCUCUAUAUUGGCAAUAUUGUUCAACCCGAUCAUAUGUGCUUAACAGUUUCCUGGUAUCUUCACAAUGAUAUGCAAUUUCAUUGGAUUGCUCCACUCGCACUAAUUCCUUUUGUCCUUGGGCGAAAGCGCAUUGGUGUGAUGGUUGGUGUUAUUUUUGUCCUCAUCAGCAUCGGAUCAAUUUCUGGUACGCUUAUUCGUUAUCCUUAUAUGGUCAAUGGUACACUACAACCAGCUAACAGGGCAGCAAAUCCAACAUUUAUCAAUGCUAUCUAUUAUCCUCCUUGGUGCCGCAUAUCGCCGUAUGCUAUCGGUCUUAUUGUUGGUUUUAUAAUUAUCAAUACAGGUCGCACCUGUCCACUUCGUAUGCGAACAAAGUUGAUUGGAACGUCGAUUGCAUUUGCAAUUAGUUUCGCUUGUAUUUUUAUAAUGUAUGCUGAUAGUGUCCUGCGUAAUGGUCUUAGUCCGAAAGUGCACAUUGCCUAUCAAACACUUUCGCGUCCAUUAUGGUCACUUGCCAUCGGAUGGAUUAUCUUUUUGUGUAGCACCGAUCAAGGUGGCAUUGUCAAUACUAUUCUUUCGUGGCCAAUUUGGGCACCACUAAGCGAUUAUGAAGUUUGUGAUAUUGGUAAUCCAACAACAGACUAUCGAAUCAGAGACAAGAGUUUGUAUGAAACAUGGAGUGAAGUAACAUGGUAUUCAUUUUGA